AUUCGGAAUCGUGCACGCGCACAGCGGCGAAAGCAAGCAGAUCUGGAGCUAACAGCUAAAUGCUAAAGGUUAGCUAGCAGCAGCAGCGAGUUAAGAAGAAAAUGGCGAUCGUGCAGGACGAAUGCCUCCCCUCGUAGAUGCUGCAAACGCAUUCAAGGAAUUCUUUUUAGCCUUACAGUCGGCUUUCCUUUUCCACUUUGUUGCACUUUAUUCUUCAAUGAGAUUCGGAAUUGGAAGCUUUUGCCACCAAAGAAACUGAAGCAUCUUAAGAGGGAACCCACCCACAGAAGGACACGCUGUGGAUGGAAGAAAGCGAAAAAGGAAGUGUGUGUGACAAAAGGAGGAGGAUAAGAGUAAAACAGGCCCUGGAUGAAAAGGACGGGACCAAGUCCUGAAUCCAAUCAGCCUCCCCUGUCCCAAAUCUACACAAAGGCACAUUGAGUGUUCAUCAAGUCUCCAGCGAUGCCAAGGCGGCCUGAUCAACCAGUUGCCCACUCUGAACAAGCCGGCCUCUUCGCCCCGGACCCUUGAGGCCGUACCAGCUCAAGAAGUGCCCCUGCCCCUCGUCAACCUGGGAACCCGAGAAAACCAGUUCUCCAGCCAACCCGGGGAGGCCCUCAAUCCCAUCCACGAGUUGCAGCCGCGCGCUGCCCUCACAGGCAUGGCUCCCAUUCGGGAUUCCGUCAGCCAUUCCCCUAAUCAAACAGGGCUGGAACACACCGGCUUGGACUCGCAAUAUGAGCCCUCUCCCUGGUCUUCAGGCUCUCCCUGCAGCGGUGACGGCAACAGCAACUGGGGAAAGGUCCUAGUGGACGGAAGCACAGAUCAAGCCAACAACCCCUCCUCAACUAAUUCUUCUACCUGGGCCCCGUCAUCAUCUUCAUUCUCUUGUUCCUCCUCCUCUUCCUCCUCCGGCUGCGGGUCGGGAUCAGACCCGGAGUUGGCGACAGAAUGCAUGGAUGCCGACUCGAGUCCGUCGACCGGCUCAGAGAAUAACUUUGCCGCGAUCGCUGUGACAACCGGGAUGAUGUCAGCAAAUGCUUCCUCCGCCGAGUCGUCUUCAACAUUCACUCCUUCCUCUGACAUGAUGGUUGGCGUUUCGAUGAACGGAGACAGCAAUGGCAAUAGUCGUCAGGUUCACGGCCCAGGAAUCGGAACGAUCUGCGGUGCAAAAAAUGGAAAUGGCAACAUGACUGGACACCCUCACUUCUCCGUGGCCGGGUCCAGCGGUAUUGGCAGCAAUAACACGGGUAACCACAACAAGCUUGUUAAUAGCGGCAGCGUUUGGGGGACUCAGUCAGGCAACGCCAUGAUGGCUUCCGGCGAAAGCACCGCUUGCUCCGUUGGAGGAUUGACUCCAAAUCCCACCACCCCAAAUACCAACCAUGGUGCCUGGCCCCCAAAUUCAGCCCCGAACCCAAUGUCCCAGAGCCAACGGCCUCUUCAGCCUCAGGGGAUGUCUUCAAAAUUGGGCGCGGCGCCCCAACAGGGCCCCUUGAUGGGAUGGGGCGGCACGGCAGCUCCCGACAAAAGCAGCGCGACGGAAGACAUGGAGGUGAAUAAUGGUACAUCAAGCAGCAACGUGUUAGGAAGCGGCACCGGUGGAAACGGUGGCCCGCAGCCCGCCAACCUUAACACUGAAUCCAACGGACCAAAUAACACUAUGACGAUGAAUACUACUACUUCUACUAUUACUACUACUACUAACACAACAGUGACCUCUAUUCCGCCAAACUCUAUGGCCUCGCCUCAACUGAGCGGGGAAUGUUCCUGGGGCUCGAUCGGAGGAGCCGGGAGCGGUGGUCGUCCGCUAGCCAACGGAAACCCUUCAUCUACCCCGCAGCACCCCCACGGAGAGACGGGGGGUACCGGAACCUUUGGUACGCCUUGGGAUGCGUCUGCCUACUCUGGAGAUAAGGGUCCCCCAAAUCCUGACACUGUGAAGCCACCGAGCCCCGCCUUAAUGCAGGCUGGGAAUUCCCAAAUGUCCGCUACUGCUGCUGUUAAGAGUAAUAAUAACCACCAUAACGCUGGGGGUACACGCUGGGAUCAGGGGCCUGUUAGUAACCCAAAUGCGAGUCAGAGCAACAACCCCUGGGGUGUCGGUACAAACCAAACCCUAGACUCGACGGGACAAAUGCCGGGGACUGUGAACCAAACUACGAUGAGCUCUUCUUUCGGGAUCCCUCGCCCUUGGGGAAGCAGCACAUCUUCCUCCUCCUCCACCUCCUCCUCCUCCUCCACAUCUAACAAGCUGUCAAACGGAGAGUGGGGAACACCCCAUGGGAACAACCAUUCGGCUGCUGAGAGUCAUAAAGGAAGUGCUGCUAACAAUGGCUGGAAGAGCCUGGAGGACGAUGCCAUGGGCAUGGGAGGCGGAGGCACCGGUAACGCAAGCCUGACAGGUGUCUCGGGAGGCUGGGGCCGCUCGGGAGGAAGCGAGGGAAGUGCCGAGAGCUCCGGAGGCCAGUCCGGCUCCGACCGAGAGAAUGUCCUGUCGAAAAAUGGGAAUCGAAGAAAAGUCAACAAUCCGUCACCGAUCGUAUCAUUUCAGAGUCGAACGGAUGUAGACCCCAGGGUUCUAUCGAACACAGGAUGGGGACAAACACCCAUACGGCAGAAUACCGCCUGGGAUGUGACUUCCACCAACAAGCAACAACUGGCUUUCAGAGGAGAUGAAAGAAAGCAACGCUCUGGCUGGGGAACGGCCUCACCCACACAGACGGCUCCACCCCACGCCGCUGGAGGUCCAGGUUGGGGUGAUGGCCCAAGUUGUGGGGGCCCAGAUGCAGGAAGCUCAGGUUGGGGUGAGCCAAGAUCGACCUCUGGGUGGGAUAACAAAGGCCCAGCAAGUGGAAGCGGCUGGGACAAUGGAUCCGGUUACAAAGCGGGCAACAACAUCAGCAAAGAUGAGCGAUCCAAUACAUGGACGAAUGUGCCCAAACAGCAGCAGGGCUGGGGUUCCAGCAGUGGCAAUGAGGAUGAAGGCUGGGGUACCUCUGGAGACGGUUCCAGAGCGAUGUCCAACAACCACUGGGGAGAUCCUCACAAAGGUGCCGGGUCAGUAGGAUGGGACAGCGACAGCGACCGAUCGGGGUCUGGAUGCUGGAGUGAGCCAGGGCGAACCAAUACUAGCGGCAGUAACACCUGGGGAGGAAGUGGUGGCUCCAACACCCCAGACCAAAGUACUCAAAACCCAGGCUCCAACUGGGGGGACUCCAAACCCAGCCUUCAGAAUAAGAACCAGGGAUGGGGGGAGCCAGUGAAAAACAACCAGGGUUCCCAAAACUGGGGCGACUCCAACUCUAAAAACUCCUAUACUUCCAACGAGUGGGGAAAAGGUCCCGACUCAAACAUGUCAAAGACCAACAACAAGCCUACAGGCUGGUUGGGAGGUCCCAUGCCCACAGUGGGUCAAAAGAACGAGGCUUCAACUGGGUGGGAGGAGCCGUCUCCAGAAUCCAUUCGCCGACGGAUGGAGAUCGAUGAUGGAACCGCAGCUUGGGGAGAUCCUGUGAAAUACCACGGCGGGGCUGUCAACAUGUGGAACCGAACCGGUCAGUCAGACCAGGACAGUAUGGGCCCAUCUUCUCAACACCAGUCGCACCCCUCGCAUAGCUCGACGCAUCAUUCUCAGCCCAUGCAGCCUCAUGGACAAGACAAAGGUGGAAGUUCAGGUUGGGGUGAGCCUUAUCCCCAGCAGAAGGAGCCCCCAACAUGGGGUGAAGCCACCUCUGCUCCGCCGGUGACGGUGGACAACGGAACAUCCGCCUGGGGGAAGCCAGUGGACACUCGCUCUAGCUGGAAUGAACCCACCCGGGAUAAUAGAGAGCCUGCGUCUGGUUGGGGAAGUCGUCAUAAAUCAGGUCUUGGUUCCAAGCCAAUGGACACCUGGCGCGGUGAUGACUCGAUGGGCAACAGUUGGGACCAGGAAGAAGAAGUCGAGAUUGGCAUGUGGACUAACAACCAACAGGACAGCAGAUCAAAUGAUCCAAACACUUGGAACUACAAGCAAAAGGGAUCCUGCAAGAUGAAUAAACCAGUCAACAAACCGGACGAGUCGUGGAUGAAAACGUUCAUGAACCAGUUUAGCAACAUGAACUUUUCUCGAGACUCUCCUGACGAUACCUUGAAAACCGUCGCAGCCAUGGUGCAAGACAAGCGUAUAGACGCAAUGGAUUUUAGUGGAGUCAUGGGGAAGAAUCCUGGGUCUCAACACCAGCUACUCAAAGACUCCCCAAUGGAUCGCAACUCUUACUAUGACAAGAAUGUAAACCCAAUGAUGGGUGGCAGCAGCUUAGCACAGGGCCGCGGUGGUCUCAACUCAACUCAACUCCCUCAUCACAACUUCCGUAACCAAGUGCCUCCUCCCAUCAUGCCCUCUCAGGUCCCUCCACCCUUAUUAAAAUACCCAGGUGGGAAUGGAGCCCUGAAUCCACUCUUAGGCCCUCAGCAGGUGGCUAUGCUUAACCAGCUGUCCCAACUAAACCAGCUGACCCAGCUCCAGCGUCUUAUCCUACUCCAGCAGCAGCAGCAGCAGCAACAGCAACAGAAGGCUCAGAGCCAGCGAGUGAUGCCUGUGGGACGACCACCUGAGCCGACGCGUCCGAUUGGUUCAUCUCCAUCCGUGAUGCAACCGCCGCGUCACCUGGACGCUUCUUUGCUAAAGCAGUCGCCGGCCCUCAAACCGUACCUGGACAGCUACUUGCCCCACAAUAGCCCUGAAAUGCAGAAGGAUGCUUCCACUCUCGGAUCCUUCAGCAACUUCCCUUUAAGCUUGAACUCUAACCUGAAUGUAUCCUUGGACAUGGGCGUUGGUACUAACGCCGGCGGAGCUCUAGGCUACAAAGAACCGGCCCAGUCCAGACUGAAGAAACUGUGGGUUGCCGACCCUCUGGAGCAGAACAGCAAAUCUGGUGCUAUUUCGUCAGGACUGCGUCUGGAGGACUCUCCCUUUUAUGACUUCCUGUCCCCCGGCCCAUCGCCCCUGAGUCCUCCCGGCCAAUCAAUGGGCUCAGUGGGUGACGGCUGGCCGUCCCGUGCCAAUUCCCCCCCGCCCCAUGGAAACACCGUCACCUGGCCCCCAGAGUUCCGACCUGGCGAACCUUGGAAAGGUUACCCCCCCAACAUUGAUCCUGAAACUGACCCUUAUGUGACCCCCGGUAGUGUCAUUAAUAACCUCUCCAUCAACACCGUCCGUGACACAGACCACCUCAGGGACAGGAGCAAUGGGCCAUCCUCAUCACUGAACACCACGAUGCCUUCGAACAGUGCCUGGUCAUCCAUUCGUGCCUCCAGCCACAGCGGUUCCCUCACCAGUACAGCACAAAGCACUUCAGCCAGACCCAGCGAGUCAAAAUGGUCUCCCGGCGUUGGUUCGGUAUCAAACUCCUCUCUUGCCCAUGAGCUGUGGAAGGUCCCCCUGCCUCCCAAGGCGCUGUCCGUGGCGGCCCCCUCCAGACCUCCGCCUGGCCUCACCGGUCAAAAGCCCAGCUCGGUCUCCUCCGGCUGGGAUGGCUCGGCCCUGAGGCUGGGUGGGUGGGGCUCCGCUGACUCCCCAUUUGCACCUGGUUCCGGUUGGGGUGACGGCAGCAGCUCAGGGAGAACCCAAUGGCUCGUUCUAAAAAACCUCACGCCUCAGAUUGACGGCUCCACGUUGAGGACUCUGUGUAUGCAGCACGGCCCUCUGAUCACAUUCCACCUCAAUCUGCCGCAUGGUAACGCUGUGGUGUGCUACAGUUCCAAGGAUGAGGCUGCCAAGGCGCAGAAGAGCCUGCACAUGUGCGUUUUGGGGAACACGACUAUUCUGGCCAAGUUCGCUGGCGAGGAGGAAAUCAGUGGAUUCUUUGCACAAGGGCAGUCAUUGGCUACUCCCUCCUCAGGCUGGCAGGCCGUCGGCUCGUCUCAGAGCAGAAUGGAUCAAUCCCACCCUUUUCCCAGCCGCCCCGCCGAGCCCGGCCAAUGGAACGGCGGCGAUCUCCACGGCUCCUCCCUCUGGGGCGGGCCCAGUUAUUCCAGUAGCCUGUGGGGGAGCCCCAGCGGCACAGAGGCGGGAAGGAUCGGCAGCCAGUCUCCAAUCAGCUCCUUCCUCCCGGUGGAUCACCUGGCGGGCGCCGGGGACUCCAUGUGAGCGGGGCGUCGGCGAGGGUCAGUGGCCAAUCGGCAAUAAUCCGAAUGAAAGCAAAGGAAGUGACACCACUCGCUUACGACAAGAUGUUCAACAAAACGGGGUGCCCCCCCCCCUGUGGAAAAUAAGUUACGUUUCUCUCUCUGCACAUAUGUCCACUUUGUUUUAGCCCAAAAACAUAUCAGUCGGAAUACUUGAAUCCUGCAGGCCAAUUCUAUAAUGUGAAUGGAUGGAUAUUUGCUUCCAGGUAGUGCUCUUUCACACCGAAAAAAAAAAGCUUCAAUUGAGCUCAUUAUUUUAUUAUAUAUAUAUAUAUUUACAUAUAUAUAUAUAUAUAUAUAUAGUUUCAUUCGUCAUGUUUAUUUGAAUUCCAGUUCUGUUUUUUUUUUUUUUGCUGACAAUGUUGGAGUAAGAGCUUUUUAAACUUUGCACUGAAUGUGGGUUUUUUUUUUCUCAGUAUAUAUUUAAUCUGCAAUAUAGAGGGAGCAGCCAGUUUUUUCCAGUGUAGCUGUUUACUCAUUGAGGUCCUUACCAUGUAUGCGUGGCUGUAUUGUGUGUGUGUGUGUGUGCGUAUUUGCGCGCGCUCCUUUCUUGCCUUGGCACGCCUACCUUACUGCGUUGUCGUGGAGUUCAAGAUCAAUAGAGAAGUUCAGUAAGAAAAAGAUAAGCUCAUUUGGGUAUCGUUCAAAAAGAGGAGAAGGAAAAAAAAAAAAAGAAAAGGUAUUGCACCGAUGGUUGUUGGAAACGGAAAGAACGUUGAGCUCUGCAGUGCAAAGGACUGUAGCCGCAGCUGGGACUAGCAAGCCCCAGCCACCCUAAUGUAGGGGCCGGGGGCCUAUCUAGCAAGCCCUCCCUCGAGCCCCCGAGCGGGCAAGGGUGGGAACAGCACUUUCAGAAUAGGCUUUCAAUAUUUUGGAGGUGCCACACUGCAACCUCUUGUUUACAAGACUUAGGAGGCGGAACGUGUGUUCAUCCUUCAUUUUAAAGAGGAGAUGGAGUAAAAUAGAAAAUGCUCAUAAAAAAAUAUAUAUGUAUACAAAAAUGUGAAAAAAAAUCUAAAACAUUUAUAAAAUAUAAAAAAAAAAUUAUGAUAAUUUUUAAAAAAUCACCCAAAAAAAAAAAAUAUUAUCGAGGAUGAAGACGAUGCUUUUGUAACUCUGGGAAUUCGGAUCAGUGUUUUUUGGCCAUGGUGUUGGUUAUUUGAAUUAUUCCUUUUUGUCUGUUAAAUAACCAGCAAUGGUUCUCAGGAAAUUAAGCCAGUCCCCCCCCCCCCCCACCCACCCCCCUUAUGGUUGAUUUAAAGAGAAAAAAAAACGACUACUCCUUCUUGUAGGAAAGGAAAAUCCAACUUCUAGCACUGAAAACUAUGUAUAAUAUGGUCUGUAAGUUUCUUUUCUCUGCCAAAUAACUGCUUUAAGCUGGAGAAGCUCAACACACUGCUUUCAAUAUGCUGUCUUGUAAGGGUGGGGGGGGGGGUCCAAGUGUGUGCGUGAAAGAGAGAGAGAAAAUUUGUGUGCGUUUGUCUCCUCUGCGCUACCCCGUGUUAAAAUCAACAGUGUGCGGGGCGGGGGCGGGGGCGGGGGUUGUGUGUGUACAAAUGUAUCAACCAAGAGAAAAGCAAAACUGUUUCUAUGCAUACUGUAGCUUCUCACGGCCUACUGAGUUUUAUCCCCCCCCCCCCCCCCCCCCCACUUUCACAUCUGACAAGUUUCAUUCAGUACGACAUUUUAAACGACACAUUUAGCUCUCAUUGCCACAAAGUGUUUUUUUCUUUUUUGAAAGAAAAAAAAAUGGAAAGAAGCGGCUUUUUUUUUUUUUUUUUUUUUAAAUAACACUGAAGCAAAAGUCGUCCACAUUUCAUUGCCUUGAUCCCAAUUGUGUCCACAGAUGCAACAAGUCAAGUGGCUCCUACCUGUUUACAAACGGAAUAUGAUUGUAUUGUUCUGCUGGGAGGGGAGGGAGGGGGGAGGGGCAUAUUAUCUGAUCAAUAAUGGAUGAUUGUGAGUCCAUGUUAAAUCAAUGUUCCAUCUUAGUUGUCAUUGUGUAGCUCCCAUGUUUGGGUGGGGUGGGGGGGUGGGGCUUUAAAAAAAGCUUCCGAAUGCUCGAGCGUUAGCGAAGCCAUGGACCUUAAACUCUUCAGUGUGUUUGUGUGUGUGUGUGUGUGGCCCCUCUGCCACUACAGGUUUAUAUUUGACAAGUAUGACACGUCAGCGUUAAUUUUUGAGGCGAGCAGUGACUAUUUAACAAUGAGUAUGAGCCACAAAUGUGUACAUGUGUUUGUGUGGGUGCGCGUGGCAGUAUUGAACUGCUCUACCAAAUAAUUCAAUCAAACAAAAUAUUAGUUUACUUAAUUCCAUGUAUUGUGUUGCUUAAACUUUUUUUGUGGGUCUUGUUCAACACAUUUUAUCAAGAGGAACAUCUGAAUUUUUUUUUUUUUUUUUUGUGAUUAACUGGCGUGUUGAAGUGAGGAGCCUUGGAUUUUGCACUUGGUGGAUUGUGACGGGCCGCGUGUGUUCCGAGCAAAGCCUUUUGGAAGGAACCAUCGGUUGGAAGCUGCAGAGAGCUGGUGUUGAUGGCGGUGUACUUUGUCGAAAAUGUCUUUGGUUCGUGUGUGUCCCGGUUUAGUGACAGGAUCAGGUGUGCGUGUGAAUGGAGAAGAUGGUGCUCUGCCGGAAGCAGCAAGUUGUCUUGUUUCCUCUGUAACUUUCCUGUUCGAACAGUCUGCUGAAAUGCUGGCAUGGAUUUGCAUUCGGCCACUUUGUUGUUGUCCAGUCAAAUGUGUUCAUCUCAAGUUGUCAACAUGUUGAGUUUUGGAGUUCCAAGGAAGCAAUGAAAAGUCUUACCAAAAUCUCCUAAUUGUUCGGUGGGGGAGAAAAUUAUUUUAAUUGUCGCCGCUAGUUUAUAUCCAAAUACAUUUGGGUAAGCAAUAUUGAGUUACUUUUUUUAAGAUUGAGGAAAAUAUUCAUAUGAUCAGUGUCUUCACAUGGAUGAGUGAGGGCAAUUUAAGCAAAUUUGUGCCCCCCCCCCCCCUCGCGUGUGUAUGAAGGUGGCGGUCCGUCGUAAAAGGUCGGUGACCCCCUUUUUGCAGCCACACAAUGCAUGCACGUUAUAUCGAUAUUGUGGCCAUAAAAGAUUGAAAAUCCUUUUUGUGGUGACCGAAUCGCUAUUUUUUUUUCUUUCUGCUGAGAUUAAAAGCGAAUCAAAUAUUAGGACGCGGAUGUUUUUCAUUUGACAGUUGCACACACUGCUCAUGUUUAAUUUCAUGUUGGCGCACUGUAGUGAACGGCUCGUUGUCAUGGCAACAGAUGGUCAGGGAAGGCUGUCGUGUGUGCGUGUGUGUGUGUGUGUAUAUAAGAAGCAGGACACCGCUCAAUGCUUCAAGUUGAGUUUUGCAACAAAGAUGAUGGAAGGAAAACCUUUUUUAAAGUGGGCGAGAGUACUGUACAAUUUCCAAGGCUGCCCAGCAUUUUCCCUUAGAUGGAGGGAGGCUUGGCGGGGAAGCUGCCAGGUGAUACUUUACUACUUUUUACUAUUUAAGAAGAAUAAUGUGACUAUGUUCUCCUCUUGACUGAACUCUUAUGUGAGCAAACACCCAGUGGCAAUUAUUCUCGAUCAAAAAUGCUUGAGACACACAAAAAUGACGCAACCCCCCCAUCCUCCUUUUCCAAAAAGAAAACUGUGAUUAUAUGCUGUCUUUUUUUUUUUUGUCAUUGAGUAUAAAAUUAUGUGCAAAAGAAAUCCAAAAGCUUUAGUCCAACCAGCACAAAGAGGGUGAGUGUCGCUCAGAGAGACUAUGCAGUGGAGUGUUGAACUCAAGCUUCCACGUCCAGUUUGAGUUUUUGUGUUCUUGAAAAUCCCUUAAAGAGAAAAAGGAGAGAAAAAAAAUUGUUGACGGGAUUCCCAAUAAUAUUCCUCAAACAUGUUGUGCCAUUGUCGAAUCAUACUGCUACUACUAAUACUAAACUUACUUUAAAAAAAAAAAAAGGUUACCUGAAAGCGCCAGGCCAGUUGUAGCAGGAAGUGAGUGCGUGGUCAGGUCCAUUCGUUUCUUUUUCCAGACUGGCAAAAGUGAACAUUUUGCGUAACUUUUUAUAGAGAUUCUAUCAAUCCACCAUGUCUAGUUGGAUCACCUCUUAUGCACAUUGCUGUGGAAGACUGUUUAAUCAAUAUGUGUGUGUGUAUGUAUAUAUACAGUACAUAUAUAUAUAUAUAUAUAUAUAUAUAAAAUGUGUGUGUGUGUCUGUAAUCAUUGAGAGGGCAUCUUCCUCUCCUAGAAAUGACAGUAACUUUAUUUUCAAACGUCUUCCUCGGGUCAUCACAGGAUUUUAUCUUAACUUUUGGGGAAACUGCACUUUUUGAAGGACAAUCUUUAUUUGGGUAUAUUGAUACAUUAAUUAAAAACAAAAAAAAAGAACGAAGUCGCCUGAUAUGACAAGGUAUUAAAACCAACUCCAGUGUGCUCUAAUAUGAAUGUCUCCUGAUGCUGUCUGUUUGGUUUCAUUUAAUAUUUUUACUUUUUUUUUUUUUUUUUGCUUGGUUUGUUCAGUAUUUUUUUCUCUUAUUUUUCUGAACUUUUAGUGCUCUUAAAAGAAUGUGUACUAAGGUAUAGACUUGUAGGUAGUAGGUCUUCUGUUGGCUGUACUCGUAUACUGAUUACUGUUUGUAACCUCUGGCCCCUUCAGCCAGCAUACAAAGCUGUAUAACUUGGGUACAACCCUCAAUAAAAGACUAACAAUCA